GCACCCAGUCCUGCCUUUCAAAGUCCCUCGCUCCGGGGAGGAAAUCAGGAAAUAUUUCCAGCAAGAGGAGGAGAAAGAGAAAGAGGAGGAGGAGGAGGGCUGAAGCUGCCACCGGGGAGGAGGAACGGCGGCUUUCUCCUUAUCCGCGGAAGGAUGCGGAGGGAGGGGAGGCUGCCUGCCGGCGGGGCCGGCUGCGCGCAUCCCUGAGGCGCUCUGUGUGUGUGUGUGUGUGUGUGUGUGUGUGUGUGAGCGCUCCCUCCCUCUAUCCAUCCAUCCUUCCUCUCUCCAUCCUCCCUCCCUCCAUCCCUUUCCUCCCGCUGCCGCCGCCGCGCCGCAGCCGCGCAUCGGGGGCUCCGCCGCCAGCCCCGCCGCGAUGCUUCGCCACCUCUGAGCCGGCCCCGGCGGCUCCCGCUCCUGCUUCGCCCCAAGGUUGAGGACAUCUGACGCCCCUUUGGUGGCAGCGGCCAUGUCGCCAGCAACUUGCUCCCCCACCUUCCGGGUGAGCUUCCAACUCCUGGGCAUGGUGCUGGUGUUGCUGUGCCCUGCAGAGGGCCUACAGGCAGAGGCCCCAAGCGAGCUGCCUGGGAACGACACGGAGGAGUGCACCGGCUCCUACAUCUGCAAGAAGGGAGUCAUCUUACCCAUCUGGGAGCCCCAGGACCCCUCCUUCGGGGACAAGAUCGCUCGGGCAACUGUGUACUUCGUAGCCAUGGUGUACAUGUUCCUGGGAGUGUCGAUCAUAGCUGACCGCUUCAUGUCCUCCAUCGAAGUCAUCACCUCCCAGGAGCGGGAGAUCACCAUCAAGAAGCCCAAUGGCGAGACCAGCAAAACCACGGUGAGGAUCUGGAACGAGACCGUCUCCAACCUCACGCUGAUGGCCUUGGGCUCGUCUGCACCCGAGAUCCUCCUCUCUGUUAUCGAAGUGUGUGGCCACGGCUUCACGGCCGGGGACCUGGGGCCCAGCACCAUUGUGGGGAGCGCUGCCUUCAACAUGUUCGUCAUCAUCGCCAUCUGCGUUUACGUGGUGCCCGAUGGGGAGAUAAGGAAGAUCAAGCACCUGAGAGUGUUUUUCGUCACGGCGGCCUGGAGCAUCUUUGCCUACACUUGGCUCUACAUUAUUUUAUCCGUGUCUUCUCCUGGGAUCGUGGAGGUUUGGGAAGGUUUGCUCACCUUCUUCUUCUUCCCCAUCUGCGUGGUGUUUGCCUGGAUAGCCGACAGGAGGCUUUUGUUUUACAAGUACGUCUACAAAAAGUACCGAGCCGGCAAGCAGAGAGGCAUGAUCAUCGAGCACGAGGGCGACCGGCCCUCCUCCAAAGCUGAUAUCGAGAUGGAUGGCAAGGUUGCCAACUCUCAUGUGGACAACUUUUUGGAUGGGACGCUGGUGUUGGAAGUGGAUGAGAAAGACCAGGAUGAUGAGGAAGCCAGGAGAGAAAUGGCUCGGAUCCUGAAGGAGCUGAAACAAAAGCACCCUGACAAGGAAAUUGAGCAGCUUAUCGAGUUGGCCAACUACCAGGUGCUGAGCCAGCAGCAGAAGAGCAGGGCCUUCUACCGCAUUCAGGCCACCCGGCUCAUGACAGGAGCUGGCAACAUCUUGAAGAGGCAUGCUGCAGACCAGGCCCGGAAAGCUGUCAGCAUGCACGAGGUCAACAGUGAGGUGGCAGAAAACGACCCCAUCAGCAAGCUCUACUUCGAGCAGGGCACCUACCAGUGUCUGGAGAACUGUGGCACUGUUGCUCUGACCAUUGUUCGUCGAGGAGGUGACUUGACCAAGACAGUCUACGUGGACUUCCGGACAGAGGAUGGGACGGCCAAUGCUGGCUCUGACUACGAGUUCACUGAAGGCACGGUGGUCUUCAAGCCUGGAGAGACACAGAAGGAAAUUCGUGUUGGCAUAAUUGAUGAUGACAUAUUUGAGGAGGAUGAGAACUUCCUGGUCCAUCUCAGCAACAUCCGUGUGAGCGCUGAGGCCUCAGAUGAGGGCGUUCUUGAGGCCAGUCGUGCCUCAAUGCUUGCCUGCCUGGGGUCGCCAUCUACUGCCACUGUCACCAUCUUUGACGAUGACCACGCUGGCAUCUUCACCUUUGAGGAGCCGGUGACACACGUCAGCGAAAGCGUGGGGACCAUGGAAGUGAAAGUGUUGCGAACCUCUGGCGCGCGAGGAAAUGUUAUCGUGCCCUACAAAACCAUUGAAGGCUCAGCCAAAGGUGGAGGGGAGGACUUUGAAGACACCUGUGGGGAGCUGGAGUUCCAGAACGACGAGAUAGUCAAAACGAUAUCAAUCAAGGUGAUAGAUGAUGAGGAGUAUGAGAAAAACAAGACCUUCUACCUAGAGAUCGGGGAGCCCCGGCUGGUGGAGAUGAGUGAGAAGAAAGCCCUGUUGUUGAAUGAGCUUGGUGGCUUCACCAUCACAGAGGAGAAUGAAGAAAAGCAGCCCCUGACCAGCAAGGAGGAAGAGGAGCGUCGAAUUGCGGAGAUGGGACGCCCAGUCCUGGGAGAGCACACCAAGCUCGAGGUCAUCAUUGAGGAGUCCUAUGAAUUCAAGAACACAGUGGACAAGCUGAUUAAGAAGACAAACCUGGCCCUUGUAGUUGGCACAAACAGCUGGAGGGAGCAGUUUAUCGAGGCAAUUACAGUCAGUGCAGGGGAAGACGACGAUGACGAUGAAUGUGGAGAGGAGAAGCUGCCCUCCUGCUUCGACUACGUGAUGCACUUUCUGACUGUCUUCUGGAAGGUCCUUUUUGCCUUCGUGCCCCCCACAGACUACUGGAACGGUUGGGCUUGCUUUGUGGUCUCCAUCCUCAUGAUUGGCCUCCUGACAGCUUUCAUCGGUGACCUGGCGUCCCACUUCGGCUGCACCAUCGGCCUGAAGGACUCGGUCACCGCUGUCGUGUUUGUCGCCCUGGGGACAUCAGUGCCAGACACCUUUGCCAGCAAGGUGGCCGCCACGCAGGACCAGUACGCGGACGCUUCCAUCGGGAACGUCACCGGCAGCAACGCGGUGAACGUGUUCCUGGGCAUCGGUGUGGCCUGGUCCAUCGCAGCCAUCUACCACGCGGCCCACGGACAAGCCUUCCAAGUGUCCCCAGGAACCCUGGCCUUCUCCGUCACCCUCUUCACCAUUUUUGCUUUCAUCAGCGUGGGCGUGCUGCUCUACCGGCGCAGACCCGAGAUCGGAGGUGAGCUGGGCGGGCCGCGGACUUCCAAGCUGCUCACAUCGUCACUCUUUAUCCUCCUCUGGUUGUUGUACAUAUUCUUCUCAUCUCUGGAAGCCUACUGCCACAUAAAGGGCUUCUAAAAGGGACAAUCGGAGGUAGUGCAUACAUCUAUAUAUAUCUAUAUGUAUCUAUAUAGAGUGAUAUAUAGGUAUAGAUAUAGAUAUACUGCUGUGUAUAAUGGACAGAGAAGGAAUAAAAGAGAUUGGCCAUGUUCACACACCUGCGGAUGGAAAACGGCUUUGGCGCAUCCUUUGGACUAGGCAGGACCCAAAGCUGGCAGGAGCCCUCCCCCGGCGCAAGCCUGGCGGCAGGGUGCUCGCUGCGACUCUACCGACGCCAGUGGCUGGCGGCCACUGAGCCCUUCCCUGUUGCUCUCUCCUGCCCGCUGGCCCCCCAGGAGGAUGGAGGCUGAGGCCAGCGGGGCGCGGCGGGACAGGGAAGGCCAGAGGAGCUGGUGGCAAAGCGGUGGGCGAGGGGAAGGAGAGGAAGGCGAGCAGCCUGCCCUCUGGCCACCGUCACCGCUUGGGAACAUCCCCUCUGGCCCAGCUGGAGUGAAGUGAGCCCGGACUGAAGACGAGGGGAGAGUUGGAAGCUUUCUGAGGAUAGAACACAAACCGUUUUCCUCAUCGGGCUGGGGUUGUUGCCUGGGCUUUGGUUGGUCUGUCGAGGUUGGGGUGGUCUGUUGUUUUGGGGGUCGGUUUGCUGUUUUGGGGGGGGGGGGUUGUUGGUUUGUUUUGGCGUGUGUACAACUAGCAUUUCCCACCACCACCACCACCACCUGCCCCCCACCUUUCCCCCUCGGUGCUUCAGGGCUGCCUGGUGCCUGAAGCCGAGGUGGGGCAGGGCUGGGGGUGCUCCUCCUGCCCCCCUUGGGCAUGCUGUCCUGGUACUUGUAACAUUGCAUGAAGGAAACGAUCCCUGUCUGUAUAUAGCAUCCUGUAACAAGAGUCCUUGCAGCCGUGUGGGUUGAGCAUUGCAGAUACCGGAGUUCUCUUUUCACUGGGUUUUAUUUAUUUGAGUUAGUUCCAUUCAGGUAGGGGGUUAGGUUGUUUGUUUGUUUGUUUGUUGGCUUGUUUGUUUGUUUGUUUGCUCGUUUGUUUGUUUCCUCUUAGUGGGGGUGCAAGGAGGGGAAGCUGUCGCCGCUUACUGCUGCGCGCAGGGGUUCCAGGAGAAGCAAUCAAAGCCAUGCAGAUGGAGGUUGGCAGGGCAGAAGAACCCACACCCCAGGCACUUCAUCCCGCCGGGUGGCCUGGGUUCCCCCCACAACCCCAGCAGUCAGUCCAGGACAUGCUGAAGCCAGUGGGAAGCCUCCACCAUCUGCAGGAGGCUUUAUGCAAGGCCCCAGGGAGCUCGAGUGGCUUGAGCGGCAUCUGAGCCCAGGAGGAACCGGCAUGGCUGGCUCCCAGCACCUCCUCUGCCUUCCUAGCCAGUGGCUGACUCAAAAUCUAUCACCCCCCCCAAGAUCCUUUGUCCCCUGUGUCCCCAGAGGUCUACUGAAAGCCCCUGCUUCUGAGAGUUAAGCCAUCAGGAUCAGUCCCCAAAGCUGGUCCUUUCCCACAGCCAUCCAGAGGGAGAGUAACUCAGUGUGAGGGCCAAGGGGCCGUGAGGAGGUCUCCCAUGUCACCGAGCACAACCAGGAGGUGUCAGCCAAGGAAAAAGGCUCCAUUUGGCCCCGUCAGAACCUGAACUUGAUGGGAAGAGGAGGCAGGGAGGUGUACCUCAGCGUGAGCCCCCGAUCCAGCGGCGCAGGCUGGGGCAGCCAGCCAAGCCUGGGGGGUGCAGCUGCAGAGCUCCCCGGGGCCCCGCACAGGGAUGCUGCUGCUCACUGGUGUUGAGAGAUGUCUCCUGAACCCUGUGCCCUCCAGCAGCCUUCCUGGGGUCCCCUGCUGAGCUCUCCCCACCCAGCUGAGAGCCACAUCUGGCACGUAUCCCCUAAGCAGCUGGCUGGGGGUGCUUGUACUCAUUUCAGACAACCUGUGGAGGUUUUUAAUCACCUGGUCUAAGUUGGGUUUUUUUUCCUCUAGAAAUACAAAGUUGUGCAGCAUUCUCUUUUUCUUCUCAGACCUUUUUUUCCCCCUCCUGGUGGGAUUUAGGGUUUUUCUUCGGGUUUUUCAGGGCUGGGGAGGGGGGAGGAGGGGAAGAAUCAAACACAGGAGCAGGUUGUUCAGGUUUCUGACUACCUUUAUGUACAACGAUCUCAUUUUCAUCUGUUUGGCUUUGUUGUUUUGUUUUUUUCUCCCUCUAACUUUAUUUUCCUUCGUGUGUAUUGCCCACCACUAUAGGCAGUGAGCCCACUUAAUUGUGAUGAUCCUUAUCAAUGGUACACAAUGCACAGACAAAUAAAGUUUGUAAUGAUUCCUGAUGGA